AUGGUUCUGAGAUCUCAUUGGAGUAUUCAUAAACAACUCUCUCACUACGUCGUCGAUACCGAUCAUUUCAGAGCACGAAUGGGAAUGCACAAUGUCUUUAUUACUGGUCAGUUCGCACUGCAAUUCUUUGAUCGCAAUAAAACCGGUGUUCCAUUCAAAUUACUAGAUGGAAGUGAUGCAGCAAUGGAAAUGUUCACUGAGAAAGAGCUCUAUGUUUUUGAUCCAUUGGGCACUUGUAUGUGUUGUAGGAAGAACGGAGGCUGUUCAACAGUAAGACUUUAUAAAAGAAUUAAAACAGAUGGCAGCAUCAGACGCAUCCAGGUAUCAUUUCUGGCAAACGAAUGGUAUCUUAACAAAGGCGGUGACAAAGAUUCCAUUGGCAAUGGUCUAUACACGGCAGGCACUCUCAAACAUUCACCAAAUACGGCCCAAAUGAACUUCAUCACAUGGAAUAAAGCUUAUUGUCUGUUUCCAAACGCUUUAUCUGAACACAGAAUUGUCCCUUUCGAAAAGAACGACAUCGAUCGUGCCAAACCUAACUCUUCAUCAGAUUAUGUCAAACGCGAUUGGACUUUAGAUACGACAUGGAAUGCCGAAAUGAAACCACUUCCACGAAUGCAAGCUGCUUUCAGAAGAAUUGGAGAUUCGCACACUUGGAAGAUCGACUUGCCAAAACUCAAAGUAAAUAGACGAGACAAAAAGUUACAGGACGGUCUUAUAGAGUGUUCAAAAUUUUGCAUCGAAGUCCCUGGAAGAUCGGCUCAUCAUCAUCAUCAUCAUCAUCAUCAUCAUCAUCAUCAUGAUGAGCGAACCUCUUUCGAAAUACUAGCAACCUGUGACAUUUCAAGAAAUACAAAUACAUCUACUCUAGCGCUUGGAAAACCCCAGAUUGUUACCACUGGACCCCACUUGGUUCUGACCUUAUGGAUUAGUUAG